AUGCUCAUGCAUAGCAGGAGGAGAACCCUCAUCAGUGUCCUAGGCCUACUCUUCUUCUCCCUGCUCUCCUUCCUCCCUUAUCUCAUCUCUGCCCUCUUCAUCACUCUCCUCUUCUUCGCUUUCCGUCUCAUCCUCACUCUCAUCAAGUCGGGCUUGAUGCUGUCAUGGCCCAAUAUCCAUGUUAUUGAGAGUGGUGUCAUUGAUGAAAUGGAUUGGCACAGGAAGUUCUGCACCAAGUUUGUAGGCGAAUUCACCUGUAAGCUUGCAUAUAAGUCGGUGAAGGAGAGCGAAACAGAUGUCCUAGAAGAGCGCUCAACGAUGAUGUGUGGACGUGAUACCCAUAGUCAUGACACCUGUGUUCGUGGGGCCCGUGGACGAGGCGCCCGAGGUACCCAUCUUACUCGAGCACAUCCUUCUCCCGUUGUUGAGGAUCUGAUUCCAGAGGUUCCGAUCCAGCCUGUUCCUCCAGUUGAUCCUGUUCCCCCAUCUAUUCCUCCGCCUCAGUCUGCUGUUCCGAUUACAGAGGCUCCAGUUGCUCCGACACGUCAGCCUGCUACCACUGAGGUUUCUGGGCAGUCUAACUUACCGCGUGUUAGUGCGAUAGCCCGAGAGUUCCGGCGGCAUGAUCCCCCGAGGUUUAGUGGUGACCUUGACCCUUUUACCGCCGAGGCUUGGCGCACUGAGGUUGCGAGGAUUUUUUACACUAUACAGUGUCUUGCGGGCUAG